AUGUCAGCUUUGAACCGUGCCCAACCACUUUUGUGCUGUUUCACCUUUUGCUUUUUCAACACCGACGAAAAAGCAGCCCUCUGUGCAAACGUAGAGGAGAAGUUAAAAUACCACUGGGUACCUCGACCCGAUUACUCCUGGCUUCAACGUUGCAAUCCACCCGCACAGCGCUCGACCUUGACCAUGGGCGUUCUCGAAAGUCUUGAUUCUGGCUUGACCGGCCUCGUCGGCCAGUGGAACGGUUACUCGACUGGACUGGUGACUGUUCUUGUUGCCAUUGUUUCUUACCAGCUUGUCACAUCCCGCGAUCCCGAUGUUCACCCCAUGCUCCUCGCCCGACAGGCCAAUGCCGCCAACGUCCGCUCUGAAGGCCAGAGCGCCGUUUAUCGAUCGAUCGCGGCGCCUCACAGCAUGCCCCUCAACCCGGGACUCAAUGUAAAGGACGCUGGAGCUUCCAAAUGGGCCCGCGGAAGAGAUGGUGACCUUCGCGAUGUUUGGCGAAAGGUUGUCAGUGGCGGCGACGGCGGCGCAAAGGGUCGCUUGCUCACCGUCCUGGGUUCAGAGAAUGUCGUCGACCAUAAGCUUGCCGAUCUCACUAGACAAAUCAACCUCAUCGGCCAGCACAUUACCGAACAAGGCGGCAUCCGCGUUGGUGUCUAUCUCCCCAACUCGAUCGAGCUUCUGGUGACGCUUUUUGCUUGCGCCUUCCAGAAAAAUAUCACUAUUGUUCUUCUUCCAUUCGAUGUACCGGAUGAUGAGCUCGUUUCUAUGCUCCGCCGUGCCGCCGUCGACACCGUCAUCACCGCCACGGGAUCGUUCCCCUUCGAUGACAUUGUCAAGGCGUACCCUGCCCUCCGCCAGCUCAUCUGGGUUGUUGACCAAGGAAGCGCCCACAUGGACUGGAACGAGGUUCCUCAAGGAAUCGGAAGCAGCGUGAGUGUGGCCACAUGGCAGGACAUUGUGAGAGAUGCGCCUGAGAGUGCUGGCGCCGAGCUGCCCGCUAUUGACAUCGAGAGUACCCCAGCAGACAUUGUCACUUUCUGGCUAGCAAAGGCUGGACAGCCCGAGGACAUGACACGCUUCACCCAAGGUAACAUUGUCGCAGGUAUGGCUGGUCAAAUUGCUGGUCUUCCUACCAAGGACCGCCUUGGGCCUAACGACCUCGUCUGCCCAGCAGACUCGCUUACCAACAUCCACACACUUAUCGUCACCCUUGCAGCGCUCUACUCAAACGCGUCUAUUGCCCUUAACUCUGUUGCCGGGCAGACGUCGGAUCUCGGUCUUGCUACCCAAGGCGUUUCCCCUACCAUUGUCAUUGCCGGCCCUGCUACCCUCCUCCGCGUCCACGACCAGGCGAUGAAGAAGCUUGGAUCUCUGGGUGCAGCCUCUCACUAUCUUGCUACUUCAUCUCUCACUAGAAAGGGUAUUCUUACAACCUCUAACAGCCUGUCUGGCUUCGCUGCGGCUGCUAAGCCGUCUAUUGGCAAGGACUCCAGCAAGCUACGUCUCAUCUACACAGCCGAGCGUGUUGGUGCUGCCACGCCUCACCUCUCACCCAAGGUUCUAUCCGACCUGCGCGCCCUCACUGGCUCUAGACUGAUGUAUGCUCUUUCGGCAUCUAAGGUUGCUGGUGCCGUCUCCCAAACUGCAUUUUUCGACUACCGUCUCAAGGAAGGCAAGGGACAUUUUGGUGCACCAACGACUAGCACUGAGAUUUUCCUUAAGGAUAUGGGAUCUCAUGUGACGACUGAUGAUAAAGUGGAAGGAGAAAUUUACGUUCGUGGCCCUUGCGUAGCCGAAGGAGAGGCUGGUCUUGGUGUUGCUGGUGUUAUGUUGGACGAUAACACCUUAGCCUACCUUUAA